GCAAAAGAGACAAUUAAUGGAAUUCCCCAAGUGAUAAAACUAUACGAUAAGUCAUCUAGUAGUGGCAAUAACGUAUUGCUAAGAGAAUUAGGUUUUUCUUUUACACUAAACAAAAAGACAAAAGCAAUUGGAAAUAGCGUGUUAAUAAGAGCAUCGUAUAAAUCUUUAUCAGAUGAAUAA